CACACACACACACACACACACACACAACACACACACACACAUCCACACAUAGACACACACACACACACACUGGAGCCAUGGACAACCUUGGAGUGCUGCUGGCCAACGCUGGCUUGGAUGAAGAGACAAGACACGCCAUCAUGGCCAUCGCAACCAACCAAUGCAACAGUCUCGUCAUGUUAACUGGGAGAAGUCUCGGGGACACUGCAGUGAAAGCAGUCGCCGAGGCUUUGAGACGAGGCCGCACCGUGCAAUGGCUGGACUUAACCAACAAUUGCAUUACUACCCACGGCGUCCAAGAACUCGCAGAGGUCAUGCUCAACCACCCGUCGCUCACCACCGUCUCACUCGCUGGGAAUGACCUCGACGAUCAAGCCAUGUUCUUCCUCGAAGAAGUGCUGCUGCACAACCCCAAGAUGAAAACAAUCUCGGUGCAUGACAACUCCAUGGUCACGGCUCGCGGAUACCAGACCAUCCACAAUGCCGAGAAAGCCAAGAAACAACGGGCAUCAUCGACUCCUGCUUUCGCUCACGUUGUUGAGGAUGGCGAUGCUGACGAAGGCCAGGACUUUGAAGUGGAGCAGCAGCAAGGGAGGGAGAAUCCAGGCCGCCUGCUGACGUGGGACUUAGCUGGCCCAGCCAUACCGAACGAGGGUGCUUCGUCGUCCACGGGCUCCCCUGUAAACACAUCAACCGACGCCGAAUCGCAUCGAGCCUCUAUGCACGACGACGCGUUUGGUCAACACGACAGCAUGCAAGUGGCAGAGCAAGACGCCCUGAUUGAACAGCUCCUGGAUGAACAAGCCGAGUCUCGCCGUCUGAUCGAAAGCCACAGAACCCAGAUCGAAAGCCAGAGAACGCAGAUUGAGAGCCAACAGAUUGAGAUGGAGGAAAUGGCAAGGUUGAAGGAGUACGUCGUGGAGCUGCAGCAGAACGCCAGUGAUGAGCGAGCCCGCCUCUUGGCCCAGCUCAAACGCCUAGAGAGCGAGCUUUCGUGGCACAAGGAGUGCAUCACACGCCUCUACCGUACGAGGCAACCGGACAACGCAACAUUCGGGCGAGAUAACGGGUUUGAAGCCGAAGCCGAAGUCUCAGGCGCACAAUCGUUGGAGGCCCAGCUCACGCGACAAGCAGAGCUCGCUGAGAGCAUGCUGAGGUUGAAUCUGCGGCCCACCUUGUUUGCCGAGAAGGUUUGCGCUACAGACUCAAACGGCAACCCCACCCAAGGCAGAUUUGGCCGCCUAUUUCGAAGCACAUUCUCCGGGCACAUGGUUGCCCUCAAGGAAGUGGGGGAUGUCCGGCAGCGGCCCGGGCUGCGAGAGCUGGUGCACGGACUGAAAGCGCCACUGUCGCGUCAUCACGGCGACAAGCGAGUCCUGCGAGAGGUGGCCAUCCUCGCCUCCAUCCGCCACCCAAACGUCGUGCAAUUCCUGGGCGUGUGCUAUGACGAGGCAGAGAAAACACUCUUCUUUGUGCUGAGCUGGGCAGACAACGGUUCCCUGUUCGACUUCAUGUACGUGAAGAGGCGCAAGCUCAGCCACAUUGACAGGCUGCGCAUCUUGAGCGAGGUUGCCGGCGCCAUGGAGUUCCUGCAUGCCCACGACGUGGUGCACCGCGACCUCAAGUCUCCCAACGUGCUGCUGGAUGCUGUGCUCUCCGCCAAGGUGGCGGAUUUUGGGCUGAGCACGUUCAAGAACACGGAGACCUCUUCGCUGUCCCGAGUGACCGGAACCCCACUUUGGGCGUCGCCCGAGCAGCUGUUGAGCAAGAAGUUGCGCUCGGACACGGACGUAUUUUCCUUUGGCUGCCUGGCGUGGGAGGUGUGGUUUGCUGUCAAGCCAUGGCACCAUGGCGAAUAUGAAAGGGACGGUGUAUCGCUGGUGCAACUUGCCCUCAAGUACGACAAGCACGAGUACCUGCCGCUCGAGGAAGAAAUCAACGGACAGGAAAUGCCGGUUCACCUGCGAGCGCUCCUUCGUGGCUGCUUCACCACGAGUGGUAGCCGCCUCAGCUUUGCUCAGCUUCACGCAGCACUCAGGGCACAAUAUUGCGCCAACAAGGAGCACGAACCGGAACCGCUUGAUUUUGAGCAGCAAACCAGGCUGUUGUAUGGCAGGCCGGAUGCUGUGUGGAAGUUCGACCCUGACAUCCUUGCAACACUGGGGAAGAAGAAGCACGCAUUGUCAACCCGCGACACAGUGUACGUCGUGCCACUUGAUCUGGAGAACCAGGAUGAGGCCAGCAUCGUCAAGACGCUCCUUCGUCAGGCUGGUGGUCGCACCGCUCGGCAGCCAGACCUUCUUGGGCCAUUUGGUCGCAAGGUCGCGGCUGCUGGUAUUACAUGGUGUGAUCAGAAACUCGCAGCGUUCAAUGGCGCCGUGCAUCGCAACAAGACGCGCUUCCGCGGCCACCUCAGAAACACAAGCCACCCAUUUGCACCCAAAUAUCGGCACGACACAAGCACUGGGUUUGCCACUCUCGAGGAGGAGCGCUAUGUGCUGGAGCAAGUGACAAUGGCGCGGCAUUACAAGAUGCUCGACCUACAGCAAUUGUUUGCCAACCCGCAGCUACGCAUCCAGCGCGUGUUUCAUGGCGUGAAAUCCUUCGAUGCAGCUGUGGGCAUCCUGGGGAGUGACUUUGCGCGCCUGCGCAUGACAGACGAUGGCUGGUUUGGCGCUGGCCUCUACUUCACACCAGACCUUGAUUAUGCGCUUGCAUUUACUCAAGAGUGCGACGGAGCCGACGUGCCAGCCGAUCUUCAGCUUCCUCAUCUGAAGUCGGGCAAAUCUUAUCGCAUCGUGCUGGCUUGCGAUGUGCAGUACGGCAAUCCCUAUCCUGUCACGAAGCACAGCGUGCACCCGCAGGCGACGUCCCACGAGAGGAUGCAGGCCAGCAACAGCUUCUACACCUUCCGCAACAAACCUCUUGUUGCUGGUCACGAUGCACAUGUUGCUGUGGUUGAUUUCCAGAGGGUUUCUGGUGACAACGAUGACAAUGUCGACAACGUACGCCCCUUUGACUCGUACAAGGAUUGGGAGCACCCUGACGCCAACCCCGUGGCGGAAAUCCUCCUCAGUGACCCGUCCUGUGUACUGGUUCGUGCCGUGUUGGUGUUUGAUGCGGAGCACGUCUCAUCAUCAGAGGCCACAACCACGCAAGCUGAGGCGCAAUACACUGGUCCUUCAACAGCGUCAGCACCUCACACUCAUCAAGCAGGCAUCAAGCGUUGAUGAUAGAAUUCGAAUCCUUUUGUUAUGGGCCAGCAUUACAGACACUACAGAGCUUUGCUUGCAGGCAACGCGACCAUUUGCACCACUCCCCCUUUCCGCCCUCGUUCACACUGUGCACACGAAUUCCAUUGCCAGUUGUCUGUGGUUUGUUUGCAUUUAUCGUUCCUUACAAGUACAAACACACCACCAAGUACACGU